CCCAUCAGCACAUUUGCUACUCCUGUUUCUCGCAAACACACGAACAACAUUCAUUCUCAUUCUCUGACGCUCACUCAAUCGACUGCCACUUUUCGGACUUCGUAUCCAUUCGAUCUCUUAGUCUGUCAAUAGAUUUCCUCUUCGCUCGCUUCCGCAACAUUCCUCGAAUCUCGACCGUGGCCAACAAACGCAACCACUGUUUGUUUCACCCUCGGUGACGGUCACCACACUGCACACUGCACGUUGUCCUAUCCAUCCUACAUCCUGCCUGUGUCCAAGGCUCUUUCAAUCGCAUAGUUGGCAUUUGCAGGCGAUAGAACAAACGCCAGACAGUAUACAGACCACCAUCGACUCUCGUUGAGUUUACCUUGGUUGAAGGGACGGCGCAGGCGCUGUCGUCACAGAAAUAAAUUUUGAAAAGAAAACGAGUUGCAGAUACCAAUGAUCGGACGGUAAUUGACAUAUCGAAGCACGAUGUCGGACCCGCGCAGGCCCUGGCCUGCGAGUUCGCCUACGCGCGAAAAAUCUCACUCACCUUACCGAGACUCUCCCUCCAGACGAUUGAGAGAUAUCGAGACUGGUGGAUACAAUUCACCUCACAACCGCCCUUACUCGAGUCAACGAGCCGGCCCCGAGCACGACCCUCCUUCACCCGGCUCUCGAGUAGCCGACUGGGAGCCUAUCAUGGCCAAUAUGACCCAAAGCGAGCUUGGCCGCAAGAAAUCUCUCAUUCGCCCUGAACGAAACAGAAUUGAUAGAGACCAUCCUAAUUACUAUUACCGUCAACAUGCUCAGAACAUGGAAGUCUUCCCCUCGACAACGGGCAACGACCCAGCUAUCGAAGAUCUGGCCGAAAGACGCACUGUCAGUUCGGACAGCAGUAAUCAGAAAACCGUAUUGGACGAUGAUUUCACUCCUGCCCAGCAACGGAAAGCCCAUGUGCCAGGAAAGUUGGAGCCGGUGGGCAAGAAGCAUCAACCGCGCAAGUUGGUCAGGAAAGACACACGUAACAUCACCGAAGAGGAGAAACUCCGGAAAAAGGAGCUAGACAAGAUCAAACCUCCAAGCAUAUGGAACGUGUAUUGUGCAAUAAUCACAUUCUGGGCCCCCGAUUUCAUCCUACAAUGCUUCGGUAUGCCAGCCCGUGCCCAGAGAAGAGCCUGGAGAGAGAAGUGCGGCCUGAUCAGCAUUAUUCUCCUCAUUGCUGGGUUUGUUGGAUUUCUGACCUUCGGCUUCACCCAAGCAGUAUGUGGACAACCUGGACUCCGGCUCAAGAUCAAUCAUGUCGAUAGAGGGUACAUGAUCUUUCAUGGCAAUGCUUAUGAUCUGUCUCGCUCGCAACAUCCUGCGGCUCUGGGAAUACCAUUGGACAGCAACGUUCUGUAUGACCUCCCGCAUAAGUAUGGAGGGCAAGAUGGAAGUUUUAUGUUUCAGAAAGUCAACGGAGAUUGCAAAGGGCUCAUUACACUUGCCCCCGGAUCAGAUGUCCCUACAGACUCUGACGGGGACUUGGCCUGGUAUUUUCCGUGUACAGCUUUCAAUCAGGAUGGUUCCUCGCCCGUAAACACCACUGUGCCUUAUUAUCUGGGCUAUGCCUGCCACACUACCUCAAAAGGACGCGAUACCUUCUUUCAUGGUCUCAAAAAAUCUGGAGAAGUGUUCUUCACCUGGGAUGAUGUCAAAAACAAGAGUCGGAAUCUUGUUGUCUACUCUGGUUCAGUCAUUGACUUGGACCUUCUCCAGUGGUUUAAUGCCAGCCAAGUUGCCUGGCCUUCUCAAUUUGACGACAUGCGCAAAAAUGAUCAGAUUCGUGGAAUGGAUAUUACACAUGUUUUGCAGUCUGGUAGUGACAAGAAAGUAGGCAAAUGCCUCAGUCAAAUUGCCAAGGUGGGCUCGAUUGAUACAGAAUCAGUGGGAUGCAUCGCUUCCAAAGUCGUCUUGUACGUCUCACUGGCCUUCAUCCUGUCCAUUGUCCUUGCAAAGUUCUUUCUUGCCCUGGCCUUCCAGUGGUUCUUGGCCCGAAAGUACGGGGCCCCAAAAACGUCUCAGACGAUGGAUCCCAAGAAGCGAGCCGAGCAGAUCGAAGCUUGGACUGACGAUAUCUACAAACCUGCACCGAAACUUAUGGAUCCUGCGACUACCAUAUCGGGUUCUGAUGGCAGAACCAGCAAACGUGGAAGUAUGCUGUUCCCACAAACAUCACGUUUUACCAGCCCCUACGCUGUCGAACGCGUUGCGAAGGCCAAUCGAGCUCCUCCAACCACCAUGACCAGUCAGUCCUCACAGGCUAAACUGACCCAACCGGGUGGCAGUUUGUACAGGAGCGGCUAUAACACCAGUCAAAAUACGCUGGACCUAGCGACCCGCAUGAGCGUCGGCGCCAGUAGAUCCAGCUUGCUCCUAUCCGGUCACGAAUCACGUUAUUCAGUCACAAUGGACAAUCUCGGGGCCAAUGGACCCGAAGGUUUCAUUCACGAUAACGUCGUUCCGCAACCACCGCCCGAAUGGCAGCCUUUUGGGUACCCGCUUGCUCACACCCUCUGCCUGGUGACUGCGUAUUCCGAAGGUGAGGAAGGCAUUCGCACGACACUGGACUCCAUCGCGACAACCGACUAUCCCAACAGCCAUAAAGCGAUUCUCGUUAUUUGCGACGGUCUCAUUAAAGGCAAAGGAGAAAGUUUAUCCACUCCCGAUAUUGUCCUUGGAAUGAUGGGUGAUUUUGUCAUUGCCUCCGAAGAUGUUCAGGCGUUCUCGUAUGUUGCAGUGGCCAGUGGCUCCAAACGGCACAAUAUGGCCAAGGUAUAUGCCGGAUUUUAUGACUAUGGUCCGGAAUCUAGAAUCGCGCCAAAUAAGCAGCAACGCGUGCCGAUGAUGAUGGUUGUGAAAUGCGGAACACCCGACGAAGCCACCAAAAGCAAACCUGGCAACCGAGGCAAGCGAGACAGUCAGAUCAUCUUGAUGUCGUUCUUGCAAAAGGUCAUGUUUGAUGAAAGAAUGACCGAACUGGAAUACGAAAUGUUCAACGGUCUCUGGAAAGUCACUGGCAUGUCUCCCGACUUUUACGAAACGGUUCUCAUGGUCGAUGCCGAUACGAAGGUAUUCCCUGACAGUCUCACCCAUAUGAUCUCAGCCAUGGUCAAGGAUCCCGAGAUCAUGGGUCUUUGUGGCGAGACCAAGAUUUCCAACAAGAAUCAGUCUUGGGUUACACGUAUUCAGGUCUUUGAAUACUUCAUCUCGCAUCAUUUAUCCAAGUCUUUCGAAUCAGUCUUUGGUGGUGUCACUUGUCUGCCCGGAUGUUUCUGUAUGUACCGGAUCAAAUCCCCCAAGGGCGGCCAGAACUACUGGGUUCCCAUCUUGGCCAAUCCCGACAUCGUGGAGCAUUAUUCAGAAAAUGUGGUGGACACUCUGCAUAAGAAGAACUUGUUGCUUCUUGGUGAAGAUCGUUACCUUUCGACGUUGAUGCUGAAGACAUUCCCCAAACGCAAACAAGUCUUUGUUCCCCAGGCUGUCUGCAAAACCCAAGUUCCCGAUGAAUUCAAAGUUUUGCUCUCCCAACGACGAAGAUGGAUCAACAGUACGGUGCACAAUUUGAUGGAACUCGUCCUGGUUCGAGAUCUGUGCGGUACAUUCUGUUUCAGCAUGCAAUUUGUGGUUGGAAUCGAACUCAUCGGUACAUUGGUCCUGCCAGCUGCCAUUGCAUUCACCGUCUAUCUGAUUAUCAUCUCGAUUGUGAGGAAACCAGUGCCAGUCAUUCCUCUCGUCCUGCUUGCUCUUAUCCUCGGUCUCCCGGCAGUUUUGAUUGUUCUGACGGCACAUCGUUGGUCAUAUAUCCUAUGGAUGGUGAUCUACCUGGGUUCAUUGCCAAUUUGGAACUUUGUGUUACCAACCUACGCUUAUUGGAAGUUUGACGACUUCAGCUGGGGUGACACACGAAAGACGGCAGGCGAGAAGACCAAGAAAGCCGGUCUGGAGUACGAAGGUGAAUUUGAUAGUACCAAGAUCACCAUGAAGAGAUGGGCAGAUUUCGAGAGAGAACGACGAGCCCAGGCUACUGGGAAUUGGGUCCCACAACCAAGUCGACCUGUCAGUGGUUACGGAUCAACCCAGAACUUGGAUCACUACCAGGACUACUGAAUGGGAAUGACGACUGGAUUUAUGUAUGAUGAUAAAACAUGACAAGCUAAGCAAUAAGGCAUAUUGCAUUCUCGGACAACGGAGGCGAAAGAAGAGUUGUUUGAGAGCACGGCAGCGAAAAAUCUUUUUAAUAGAAUGGGAUGGAUUGGCGGCUGAUAUUGUCGGGUUUCUGUGGAUUGGAGUUUCAAUUGCACUUGAAAUGGCUGUAGUGGUUGGGAAUGGAGCAGAGAUGUUGUCUUUGCAGGCUGGCAGUCGUGUGGAUGUACUGUAGAUACCAUAGUACUACUAAUAUUUCUCCUACGAGAGCAC